UCGUGUUCGACAUUUUUCAUUCUCAACUGUGAAAAGCUAUUAAAAAAAAACCUCUUUUUACAGAUGAAUUGUAUGAAAUGCCUUCUCUUAUAGAUAAUUACAUUCUUGAGAGAAAGGUGGGAGAGGGAACUUCAGGGGAGGUAUUUAAAGGAAAAGAGAAGUGUAAACCGUACCGUCCUGUGGCCGUCAAGUUUAUCCCGAAAAAAAGUUUAUCGUCGGCGGGUCGGGAGAAUCUACUAAAUGAAAUCAGUUCGUUGAAGAAGUUGAAGUACAAUUUUAUAAUCCAAAUGAUGGAUUUUUCCUGGAAUGAUACUCACGUUUAUAUUGUUCUUGAAUACGCUAAUGCUGGAGAUCUAUCUGGAUUUAUUAAGAAAAGAAAAGUAUUAUCUGAGUCCCUCGCGCAAAUAUUUUGCCAACAACUCUGCUCUGCUCUUCUUUUUAUGAGAACACACAAUAUCAGUCAUAUGGAUUUAAAGCCAAGUAAUCUUCUUCUUCACAAAUUCUCCCCAAAUCGAAACCCAGUUCUCAAGGCAGGAAAUGAAAAUGCAUUUUAGAGAAUAGAAAAUUAC